CGAACGAUCGUUACGUCUGGCUCUUAAUAAUGUCGAUCGAGGAGAGUAGACUUUCGGUUGGAGAAGAGAAGAGGUUGAGAGAGUGAGGUUUUGGCUCUAAUCCCCUUCUUUUCUCGAUGCGCAAGGGUUGGCCGACAGCGGCGGAGGUACCCGACGGGCCGGCAAGGUUCCGCGGCGUCCGGAAGCGGCCAUGGGGCCGGUUCGCCGCCGAGAUCCGGGACCCCUGGAAGAAGGCCAGGGUCUGGCUCGGCACCUUCGACACGGCGGAGGCCGCGGCCUGCGCCUACGACGCCGCUGCCAUCGCCCUCCGCGGCCCGGAUGCCAGGACCAACUUCCCUUCCCACCACUGCCUCCCCCCACCGCAACGACCGGCGUCCAGCAGCCUCAGCAGCACCUUGGAGUCCUUCAGCGGGCCGCGGGUGCCCGCGGCGCCGAUCCAUCCCCGAUCGUCGCGUGCGAGGAGGCAGGUCGAUCCGCCGCCCCCGCAUGACCUCUUCGCCGUAGAAGGCUGCCACAGCGACUGCGGAUCGUCAUCCUCCGUCAUUGACGACGGUGAUAUCUUGUCGUCGGAGUUCUGGCAGCCAAUGCUGUUCGAUCUCAACCUCCUUCCACCGCAAGAUGACGACUUCCAGGACACGGUUCUCCGCCUCUGAUGUUUGAUCCACGGCCGGGAGACUGGUUUUUCUAUUCCCUCUUUUACCAUUCUCUUUUGAUCUAUCUCGCGAUUACCUGCGAUCUCCGUUUCCCCCUUAAUGUUUACGCUUUUAAGUUGCAUUAGGGUUGAGGGUUUGAUCUUAUCAAACCAGAUCUGUUGUUUGUGUCAGAUCUGCCUCUUUUCUACUUUGUACAUAAGCAACAUUCUACCUAAUAUUAUCUACUUGAGUUAAAUCUCGCCUUCCACCCUUUGGAUCUUGUAAAUGCAUUCUCAAGUAGUUUCAUAUUUGAACAGGAUAAAUCGAUGGUUUGCAACCGACAGAUUAGUAAAAAAAAUGACAACCCAAAAAGGGGGGAGAAGAGGAGAAAGGAAUUUAUCAUGGCUUUACAAGUAUAUGAUAGAUCAAGAACAGUUGGUGAUGUUUAGUGUAUUAAGAAUGCUGAAGGGAUGGUAUCCUGUUAUUCCUGUUUUUGAUGCAGGUUCAUCUUUAUUUGGUUAAGUUUGUUUAACUACUUCAUGGAAUAUUACUUUGUUUUGCUUGUUGAUUUACUUUGCUGUCCAUCAAAGGAGUUGAAAAAUUGUUGGUUAAGGUAUCAGACAUGGAGUAAGGAAGCCACUAUAUUGAUGAUCUACACUUGAUCUAUAUUGGUUAUUAUUGUUGAAAAAUGUUUACCUGCCGCAAUCCUCCGUCGGAAUGUACCUUCCAUUGGAGGGUGUAGGUGAGCCAAAGUCAACGGUUUUGUAGUCUUGUGAUCGGACCAUAUGAUGAUUUGGCCAUUUUGUUCAUCUGUUGCAAUGGCAGUCGUUGGAUAACUAAUGAUAAAACUGCUUUCUCUUGCUGGGAAGUGUAUGUGGACAAUCAAAUCAUUUUACUGGGAAGAGCCAGUUAAAACUUCAAGGUUAUUCCCAAAAGACUAUAUAGCUCGGAGAGUUUUGCUAUCACCUUAUCCUUGGUCACUACUAUAUGUUGCAGCAAUUUCCAUUUUGUAUAUUUAUUCUGACUUUGUGAAUUGAUUUUUCUUCUUAUAUAAUCUCAUUUGCUGAGGCUAUUAAAAGGUAA